CUGAAUCUCUCUCCAGGUGGAUGUGGUGCAUGUGUGGUACUCCUCUCAAAGCACAACCCAACCCUCGACCAAAUCGAACACUUCACCGUAAGUUCGUGCCUCACGCUCCUCUGCAGCAUAAACAACUCCUCAAUCACAACAAGCGAAGGCAUCGGAAACACCAAAGAUGGAUUCCAUCCCAUCCACAAAAGGUUCUCCGGAUUUCACGCUUCUCAAUGCGGAUUCUGCACCCCCGGAAUGUGCAUGUCCCUUUUCUCCGCACUCGCUAAUUCCGAAAAAACCGAUCAACCGCUGACAGUUUCCGGAGCCGAAAAAUCCAUAUCGGGGAAUCUUUGCCGAUGCACCGGCUAUAGGCCUAUAGCCGAUGCAUGCAAAAGCUUCGCUGCCGAUGUUGACUUGGAGGAUUUAGGGGUCAACUCCUUUUGGAAAAAACAAGAUUCCAGAGAAGUCAAAGCUAGUCGAUUACCAUCCUAUAAUAAAAAAGAUCACGUCUUGCCGUUUACGAAAGGAUUCGAAGAUAAGUACAAGUCGACGAAGCUUUUGAAUUCUGAGCAACUGAAAUGGUACAGUCCCGCAACUAUCAAAGAGCUUCAAAACUUGUUGAAUGCCGGUAUAGUUGAAAAUGGUACAAGGAUUAAGCUAGUUGUUGGCAAUACUGCGAACGGAUAUUAUAAGGAAACGGAGAUAUACGAUAGAUACAUCGAUCUGAGGUACAUACCGGAGCUUUCGGUGGUUAAAAAGGGCAGCUCGGGAGUCGAAAUCGGAGCGGCUCUGUCGAUUUCGAAAGCUAUAUUAUAUUUGAAAGAAGAGGGUAAAACCGACAUAUACGAAAAGAUUGCCAACCAUAUGGAGAAGAUUGCUUCGGGUUUCGUAAGAAACUCCGCUAGUCUAGGUGGCAAUUUGGUUAUGGCACAGAGGAAUUAUUUCCCUUCGGAUAUCGCUACACUACUUCUCGCUGUGGGGUCGAGUGUCAGCUUAUUAUCGGGCCCCACUAAACAAGAAAAGAUUACGAUGGAAGAGUUCUUGCAAAGACCGCCACUGGGCCCCACAGAUCUGCUUUUGAGCGUGCACAUUCCUUUUAACCAACGAGCAAAAACCGAAGCUAAUUCAAGAUUGCUGUUUGAAAGCUACCGCGCUUCGCCAAGGCCACUUGGAAAUGCACUGCCGUAUCUAAACGCUGCGUUCUUGGCCGAUGUUUCUUUGUCUGAAGAAAACGGGGUUUCGGUGAAUUGUAUUAAGUUGGCUUUCGGUGCUUACGGGACAAAACAUGCGAAAAGGGCAACUAAAGUUGAGGAAUAUCUGAAAGGUAAAAUACCAAGUGUUGAUGUUUUGAACGAAGCCGUUGAAUUAGUCAAAGCCGAUGUGGUUUCGGACGAAGGCACUUCGGAUGGUGCUUACAGGACGAGUUUAGCUGUCGGUUUUCUUUUUGAAUUUCUUAAUAGUUUAGUAUUGCCGGAAGGAGCUGCUAAAAGUAACCAUGGUAGUGAAAUAGGAAAUACGCCGUUACUUUCUUAUGGGAAGCAGGUUGUGGAAUCUAGUACAGAAUAUUAUCCCGUCGGAGAACCGAUUGCCAAAUCUGGUGCUGCCAUCCAAGCAUCAGGUGAAGCUGUGUACGUAGACGACAUUCCCUCGCCCCCUGAUUGUUUGCAUGGAGCAUUUAUUUACAGCACAAAGCCUUUAGCUCGAGUGAGAGGCGUUUCAUUCGAAUCUCACCCCAAACCGACUGAAAUUUCUUCUGUUAUCUCUGUCAAAGAUAUUCCAAAAGACGGCAAAAAUGUCGGAAGUAUGGCCAUGUUUGGUACCGAACCAUUAUUUGCCGAUGGUCUCGCUCAAUUUCCUGGCCACCUCAUUGCUUUUGUGGUUUCCGAGACGCAAAAGCGUGCUAAUUUUGCUGCGAAAAAUGCUGUGGUUGAUUACGAUACAGAAGGGUUGGAUCCCCCUAUUUUAACUGUCGAAGAAGCUGUCGAAAAAUCGAGUUUUUUUUAUGUUCCUCCUUUUGCGUAUCCGAAACAAGUCGGCGAUUUUGCAAAAGGAAUGGCUGAAGCUGAUCACACCAUUCUCUCUGCUGAGAUAAGACUCGGUUCGCAGUACUACUUUUACAUGGAGACGCAAACUGCUCUAGCAAUUCCAGAUGAAGACAACUGCAUGGUGGUUUACAGUUCGAUUCAGUGCCCCGAAUUCGCCCACAGAGUAAUCGCCACCUGUCUCGGUGUUCCCGAGAAUAAUGUCCGUGUUCUUACGAGAAGAGUCGGUGGAGGCUUUGGUGGAAAAGCACUCAAAGCAAUUCCCGUCGCUACAGCAUGUGCUCUUGCAGCUCAUAAACUACGCAGACCAGUGAGAAUAUACCUCGAUCGUAAAACGGACAUGAUCGUUGCAGGAGGAAGGCACCCGAUGAAAAUAACGUACACCGUCGGAUUCAAAUCCGACGGGAAGAUCACAGCCUUACACCUGGACAUACUGAUGAAUGCAGGUAUUACAGCUGAUAUAAGCCCCAUACUGCCACAUAACAUAAUCGGCGCGAUUAAAAAAUACGAUUUUGGAGCUUUAUCCUUCGAUAUAAAAUUAUGCAAGACGAAUCUUUCGAGCAAAACUGCCAUGCGGGCCCCGGGCGAAGUGCAGGGUUCGUUUAUAGCCGAAGCUAUACUCGAGCAUGUAUCUUCUUUGCUAUUAAUGGAAGUCGAUUCUGUCAGAAAUAGGAAUCUCCAUACGUACGAAAGCUUGAAGCUUUUUUACGGGGAAGCAUCGGGCGAAUUGUUCGAGUUUACCCUGCCUUCUAUUUGGGAUAAAGUGGCGAUUUCGUCGAGUUUUGAGGAGAGAAUUAAAAUGAUUGAAGGGUUUAAUGUUUCGAAUAAAUGGAUUAAACGGGGUAUUUCACGAGUGCCGAUUGUGCACGAACUGAUGGUGAGACCCGCACCGGGGAAAGUGAGUGUACUUUGGGAUGGUUCGAUUGUUGUCGAAGUUGGUGGGAUUGAAUUAGGGCAAGGGCUUUGGACGAAGGUCAAACAAGUUGCGGCGUAUGCGCUCGGUUCGAUAAAAUGCGACGGAGUCGAAGAGAUUAUCGAGAAAAUACGAGUUGUACAGACGGAUACUUUGAGCUUAGUACAAGGAGGGUUUACUGCCGGGAGUACAACUUCCGAAUCGAGCUGCGAAGCGGUGAGAAUCUGCUGCAAUUUGUUGGUCGAAAGAUUGACGCCACUUAAGGAGAAGUUGGACGGUGAAAUGGGAUCUGUGAAAUGGGAUCUUUUGAUUCUUCAGGCACAUUAUCAAAGUGUGAACUUGGCGGCGAAUUCUUACUUUGUGCCGGAGUCCGAUUCGAGUGCGUACCUGAACUAUGGUGCUGCAGUUAGUGAGGUGGAGAUAAAUAUCCUGACAGGAGAAACAAGAAUAUUGAGAACCGAUAUUCUUUACGAUUGCGGCCAGAGCAUGAACCCUGCUGUAGAUUUGGGACAGAUUGAAGGGGCAUUUGUGCAAGGACUCGGGUUUUUCAUGCAAGAAGAAUACCUAAAUAAUUCGGAAGGAUUGGUUAUUGCAGACGGUACGUGGAAUUACAAGAUUCCAACCAUCGACACUAUUCCACAACAAUUCAACGUCGCAGUCGUAAAUAGUGGACAUCACCAAAAACGCGUUCUCUCUUCCAAGGCUUCUGGUGAACCGCCACUGCUUCUGGCGGUAUCGGUUCACUGCGCGACAAGAGCGGCAAUUAGAGAGGCGAGAAAACAGCUCAAGUCUUGGGGAGCUGUGGAAGGGGUGGAUUCGUCAUUUCACUUGGAUGUCCCUGCUACUAUGCCGAUUGUUAAGCAGCUCUGUGGCUUGGAUAGUGUGGAGACUUACUUGCAGUUGCAGGCGAACCUCUCUCGUUGAUAAAUCUCGAGUUAUUUGCUUUCUAAAUUUGUUCGAUGCGCAAAAUAUACGAGUUGAUUAAUCGAGGUAUGUCAUGGUAUAUUGGUGUGUUAAUAAAACAGAGCAAGAAAUCAAUCUAUAGAAAAUGGAGUUUGCAAUAUUGUAAUAAUUUAUGUUUAAUUUUUUGACAAAUGUAAUAUCUUUGUUCCACAUAUACGGGAAAAUAGCGUAUAUUUUCCAGAGUAAAUUACGAUCAAAUUGCGAAAAAACCUCUCUUGUUUGAGUAAUUACUAUUAUUCCUCAA